CGAUUUUUCGGUCUUACCGACCUGUACGAUUUCUUAAACCGUGAUUGAAAGAUGCAUGACCCUGACAGGAUUUUGUGGUCGGAAGAAAGAUAUAGGAAAGGUAAAGAUGGGGAAAGACCAGGUCAACUAAACCCUAAUCUAAUUAACCCCUUCCUUUUUUACCUUUUCAAAAUGGAUGGAAAAGAAAAAAGAAAUGUAAGAUGGGGGUCAAUUUUUACCAAGCCUUUUUUUACCGCCUCCUAACAAUCACUGGUCUCAUAUUAACCCUCCCUCUCUUGCCUUCUUCCUUCCCUCCCCUGGCCUUCCUCUCAAACCCAAAAGAGAAAAUCUCCCAUCUUCUGUUUUGCAGGAACAAAAUUUCUUGCUUCUCACGUCACCUCUCUCUUCCUCCUCAUUAACCCUGAAGAGGAAGAUAGUUUGAUGACAAUUAUUGUUAAUUAAUUAACAAUUAACAUUAUUCAUUGGAGGGAAUUUCUAAAAAAAUUACAGCAAGAUGAAUGACCUUUUCUCAAAUUCGUUCAAGAAGUACACCGAUCUGAGGCAGCAGACUCAGAUGGACGACUUGGAGGCCGGGAAGGAGAACUCGAACCUCGACAAGUUCUUCCAGGACGUCGAGAACAUCAAGGACGACAUGAAAACAGUGGAGAAGCUGCAGAAGGCUCUGCAAGAAACCAACGAAGAAUGCAAGACCGUGCACAAUGCCAAGACCGUGAAGGCCCUGAGGGCCAAGAUGGAUGCCGACGUCGGUCAGGUCCUGAAGCGGGUCAAGCUGAUCAAGGGCAAGCUGGAAGCGCUGGACAGGUCCAACGUCGCAGCACGCAACGAACCGGGCUGUGGACCCGGUUCGUCGGCAGAUCGAACCAGGACAUCUGUUGUUGGCGGGUUGGGGAAGAAGCUCAAGGACCUGAUGGACGAUUUCCAGAACCUGAGGGCCAAGAUGGCGGCCGAGUACAAGGAGACCGUGGAGAGGAGGUACUUCACCAUCACGGGGGAGAAGGCAAGCGAGGAGCUGAUCGACGACCUGAUCUCCAGCGGGGAGAGCGAGAGCUUCCUCCAGAAGGCCAUCCAGGAGCAGGGCAGGGGUCAGAUUCUCGACACGAUAGCGGAGAUCCAGGAGAGAAACGACGCGGUGAAGGAGAUCGAGAAGAACCUGAUAGAGCUGCAUCAGGUGUUCCUGGACAUGGCCGCGCUCGUCGAGGCUCAGGGCCACCAGCUCAACGACAUAGAGAGCCACGUCGCGCACGCGAGCUCGUUUGUACGACGUGGGACCGAGCAGCUCCAGGAGGCCAGGGAGUACCAGAAGAGCUCCAGGAAGUGGACCUGCUAUGCAAUUAUACUGGGGAUUGUGUUCAUAAUUCUCCUUCUACUCCCCCUCGUGCCAUCCAUCAUAGCUCUCAUACGUAGCAGCAGAUGAAGGGGGAAAUAACAGAGAAAUGAACCACUUCCGCCCAUUUGGCGUUUGCCCUUUGAAGCCUGUUAUUUUUUUACUUCUUGGCUUCGAGAACAGAGGCAAUUUUACACCACUUUCUUCUUGUGCAUGAAAGAGGAAGAGAAAACAAGAGCAUCGAGGUUGGCUUGGCUUGUGUCAACUGUUAAAACGGUGGUGUAGGGGGGAAAUAGACCUAAGCAUGAUGUAAACUCAUUUUGUAACAGCAAAUUAGAACCUCUUCCCUCGUUUAAUUGACCAAAAUUUUGAUGUCAUUUCUAAGUAGGAAUAUAUGAUUACAUUGAAA